AUGGGACCAUCUCCUAUACCAAUGUAUCCAAGUUUAUCACUUCGUUAUUUGCCAUCGACUACUUUUUCAUCUCCGAUUCUUGCUCAUUUACAUAUCAAUGUGACUACUUUAGAUGAUUGUCUUUGUUUACUUGAUGAUCGACUUGAAAAAUUGACAACAUUGUGUGUUAAUGUCCAUUAUAUAGACGAAAAUUCAAGAAUUGUUCACAAUACGGAUAAAUUAUUUAAUCUAAAAUAUUUCUCAUUAAAAUCGUUCGAUCGAUUUAAACAAUAUGAUAAAAUUCUAUCACUUAUUCGUCGUAUGCCAUAUCUGGAAAAAUUAACUUUAUAUCUUCAUAUAAAAGGUCGAAAUACAGUGAUUGAUGGUACUUUUAUUCAACAUGAUAUUUUGGAUUAUAUGCCUCAACUUCAUUCAUUCACUUUCUGUAUUUGUACUUAUGUGAAAGCGGUUGAUUUAUCCUACAAGUUAUCUAGUGAAGAUAUUCAACAAACAUUAACAAAUACUAAACAACAACAAGUCACAAGUAUAGUCAAUUAUAUUCAAUACUGGUUCGAUUCAAGCUGGAUGGCUGCAUGCUCGAUUUUCUCACUUCCUUUUCAAUUUGAUUAUCUCAAACAUCUUGGCAAUAAAUUUCCAAAUAUUGUAUUCAGUUAUGUUACGUUUUUAUUUUUAGAAGAUACUAAUCCGUUCCAACAUGAAUUUUUCGUUCGAAUUUCCCGAUCAUUUCCAUUACUGAAGUAUCUACAUAUUUGUAAUGGAGAACCUCAAGUAUUAGAUGAUCUUGUGACAUGUUCAUCUGACAAUUGUCAAUGA